UCUGCGCCGGGCCCCCGCCGCUGCAGGCCCGCAGCGGUUCCUCCCUGCUCCUGUAACCGACAGGAGUGCAAGCAGGGAAGGAGAUAGCCCAGAGUCAGUUAGGAACGCCCGCGGGCCCCGGGAACGCCCGCACCCAAACAGGAGCAGUAGCUGAGGGGCAGCAAGAUGCCGCCGUCAUGCCAUAGUGCUAGCAGCGGGCUUUCUCAGCGCUCUCUUGAAUUGCUCUCUUACAAACUACGUCUGCACGAAGGGUUUUUAUAUGAUUUUACUGGUGGGACACAUAGCAAAGGGAGGAGUACAGCGUUUCGGUACAGCAGGCUGGAUGCAGACUGCAAUAUACAAACUGUUUUUAGCAGGACAUUCUAUUUCUCACACCAAGCUGCUGCGAGAUGUGCAUUCAAGUACAUUAUUCAGCCUAAGCUAUAUGGGGGAGGUUAUUUGCACAAAUAAAGCAGUCAAUUAUGCUUAAUUUUUUCAUUUCUAUAGAAUAAGGGAGUGAUCCAGGUUACCACUUUCCUAGUUGUGUAUUUUUCUUAAAAGCUCUGCUGUUUGCUAUCAUGAUGAGAAUCUGAACUCUGAAACAAAUGUUUCUAAUCACUAUCAUAUAGGGAAGCUUCGCAUCCUCUUAGAGGAUUAAAACUACACCAAAUACAGACCUGAGAAUUCUGAGGAAGGAUUUUAUUAGAGUGCUGGCAGUAUCAAACUGCUGUCCCCUAGAAGCAGGUCUAUAUGCCGUUUAGAACUUCCAUUGAUUACUAUGUAAAAGAUCAUUUUUCCUUUUUUUUUUUUUUUUUAAGUCAUAGUAGAUACCUUAAUGUUUCUAUCCCCAGUCUAUCAUAAAAAAACCACAACAACUUACCCUGAGAUGACACAUCAGUUGAGCAUUUGACUAAAAAGAGAGUUCUUCAGUCAGAGGUAUAUCAAGUUCCUAGAGGGAACACAUUCAGGAACUGGAAAAAGAAUAAUAAUCCAUCUCUAAUCAAGGACAAUGCAAUUUCUACCUCAUCUUCUGCAAAGACCAGUUCAAGGCACUGUUCAGCAUGUAAGAUUGCUAAAAAUGAAAGAUUUACCUUUGAGGUAGUGGAAGUGUCAGAAAUGGGUAACUCUACAGCUUCUCGGCAUUUCCUAAAACAGAGACUACAAAUAAAACAAUCCAGGAAGCAUGAACAAAGUGCAGUUCAGGUAGUGCCUGGAGAGUCAGAGCUACCCAGCCUACGUAUGGAAAAGUUAACUGAGGAAGUUCCUCCCAGAGAACACAGAGUUUCUGAUAAAGCUACAUCCCCAGUAGCUUCACUGACAAGUCAGAUUACAUGUACGACAACUCAAAUACCAGCAGCCUCUUCGAGUUCCUUCCUGGUAAAUGCCCUUCCUUCCUGGGACUGGAAGCCACCAACAGUGGGAGAGUGUCAGGCAAUCAUUCGCCAGCUCUGGAGCAUCAAUCAGAUGCAGGCCCAACAGUUAGCGUAUCUAAAAUCAUGUUUGGAAGACAUCCACAAGACCAAAAGGAUUCCUGGAGACUAUUUAAUCACCAGUCAAAUUGGGAAUCCAGAAGUCACACGCCUGCCCAAAGUGUCACACAAGGAUAAACCUAGGAAAUGUUUGAUUGCUGCUCCAGCGCCUAUUACAAAAAAGGCAAUUUUGCCACCUCUGAAACAAACGCUGGGGAGCGGUUUUGUUGAGAGACAGAAAAGAACUCAGGCUAUUCAAAGAAGCCGUCUUCAUCGAACUGCGCUUUAAUUCAACAUUCUUCAUCUUAUUCCCUUAUGACUGCUUUGAGAGUUGACACCACGUUUUCAUGAUAAAUUCUUCAGCUGCUAUUACCACAUCAUUUCAAGUAAAAGUUGAUUAUGAA